CCGCCCAGCCGCAACGCGACUGCGCAGCUGCCGCAGCCCGCCGGGCCGGAGGGGGAUCGGGAGCGGAGCGGCACCCCCUCUCCCGGCCGCGCCAUGGGUGACGCGUUCCGGAGGGCGGAGUCGGGCACUCAGCUGCUUGCGCGCCUUGAGGGCAGAAGUUCUCUGAAAAACCUUGAACCUAAUCUGUUUGCUGAGGAAGGAUCUCCUGUUCAUGGAGAUGUCAUUGAAUUCCAUGGUCCAGAAGGAACAGGAAAAACUGAAAUGCUUUAUCACCUGAUAGCCCGCUGCAUCAUUCCAAAAUCAGGAGGGGGACUGGAAGCCGAAGUCAUGUUCAUUGACACAGACUACCAUUUUGAUAUGCUUCGUCUCGUUACCAUUCUUGAGCACAGACUGGAGCAAAGCACAGAAGAGAUGAUGAAGCACUGCCUGGGAAGGCUUUUUCUUGUGAACUGUAACAGUAGCACCCAGUUACUUCUCACUCUUCAUUCUCUAGAAAACAUGUUUUGCACCCACCCCUCUCUCUGCCUUUUGAUUUUAGAUAGCAUAUCAGCUUUUUAUUGGAUCGACAGGAGUAACGGAGGGGAGAGUCUUAACUCGCAGGAGAUGAAUCUGAAGAAAUGUGCAAACUUUCUUGAAAAGCUUGUGAGGGAGCAUCACUUAGUCCUGUUUGCCACAACACAGUCCAUUAUGCAGAAAUCUACAAACUCUGCUGAAAGCUUCUUUCCUUUAAAACUUCAGCAUGAAAUUGAUGCAGACUAUCGACCUUAUCUUUGUAAAUCAUGGCAACAAAUGGUAACCCACAGGAUAUUUUUUUCCAAGCAAUUUAAUUCUGGCAACAGUAAAGGUUUUACGCUCGUUUCCUGCCACCUCAAAAAAAGCCACGGUGCAAAACGUUCAUUUAAUAUUGCAGAAUGUGGAGUUCAGUUUUAAUUUCAGUUGAUCGUUGGAAGGUCUGGCGAAUCUUGGUGCUUAGGCCUGAUUUGCUCUAGGUAGGUUUUAGUGCCUUCUGAAUGAGCUGUUUGUUGCUGGGUGAUUAAAAACUUUUGUCACUGAUUUCUUUAACAAAGAGAAGGGCAGAAGGCCUUGGCGUUUUUAACUGCUGUGGAUGUUCAGUCUCAGCUAGUGAGAAAUGUUGCGAUUAUUCAUUGGUGCUUAUUGCGAAAAGGAAAUUAAAUCAAGAAAAUGGCAACUGAAAUAAUUUUAAACUCCUGGUGUCCUUCGUUAAUGUAACCUCUGCAAUAUGCAGUCAAACGUACUGACUUCAUUUCUGGGUCUUAUGCUUUUUAAUCCUCUUCUUCCAAGGUACAGAAAUAGAAGCCUACUUAUCCGUGGGGUAGACUGCGAAAAGGCCAAGUGUUCUCUUUCCAAAAAUAUGGGUCUGGGUUCAGUAGCCAAGGACACAUGAAAUGCAUCCACAACUCUGCCUGAAGAGAAGGAUUUGUCUUCACAGCCUGUUAAAUAGUAGUAAUCCUGGCUGUGGUUCUCUGGUCUCACAGUUUCUCUGCUAACGUUAUCAUAAGCUCAGAGAAACAAGGAUUUCAGGUGUUUUGACCUUCAGAAGCUGAUGGUUUUGAAGAAUCAAAAGCAAGGACAAAAAUGGAGGCCUGGUUUCCGUAAGUGAAGGAGGAGCUGAAGACCCAGCUCUGGGUACCCAUGAGUCUGUGCUGCAUGCAGCAAACAGUUUUGACAGUAAUGACAUUGACAGUAACGAAGUAUGAGUUAUGGGUUGGUUGUGGUGGUGUUGGUUUUUUUAAUGCUCAGACAAAUUUCUUUCUUCCUCUCCCUCAUUAUUUCCUCCCACUUUUUUCCCUUCCUCCAUCCUCCUUAAGAAAUCCAGGAAUGCCAUGCCUCUGGUCUUUACCAAUAUGGAUUUGCCACAUACAGAGCAUUUGUGUGCAGGAUUUGGCAUGCAACGUGUUGCAAUUCUGGCAAAGAAAAUUCAGAACUUAUGGGAAAUGCCCUACAGAUCUGGCAAAGAAUACCAUAUUAUUUAUUAACCUAGAGUGCCCUUCGAAAGCUUCAAAGUGCUUUACAAGAAAGAAGAUUGCACACAGUACAUUAUUUAAUACAAAAACUUACAUUAGCUUACAAAUUUAAAUGACUCAAACAAGGGGAAACGUUUCUCACAGCAAUAUUCAUUCAGUCUUGUUGCACAACACGUUUUAUAGCUUAGACAGAACAGAUUAUUAAUCAAAACACAUAUUUAAGAAAUAUUUUGCCCAGUAUCUUUUUGAGAAAGGUGCCUUAAAAAAAGUCUAUGGUGAGACUCUCACCUUUUAACUUGCUGACUUCUGAAGCCUGCCUUUCCAAGCUGAAUGCAUACCUGAAUUCCACGCAGUAUCUGGGUGGGCUUGUGAACCCAAAUCUCCAUACGUGGAGCUGGGAGCGCACAUCCGUGCUCCUGUAUGUGGAGGCAGGCACCUGCGUGGUGUGGGCAGAACUCUGUGAAGAUGCUGAGCAGCUCUGCGUCCUUCCAGCCCAGUGCUCCUGCCCAAAGCAGAGCAGGUGGGAGAGGUGCCAGCAAAGUCACUUCUCAUUGGCAGGUGCUCCUGGCUGUCAGCAGUGGGGCUUUGGGGAAGCUUUUCAGCAGAAGACCCAUGGUUAAUGGCAAGUAAACAAACCUAUCCUUCACCUACUCAUCCAUUUUUAACUUUGUUUCAUCUUGAAUUCCAUCACUUUCACAAUGAUUUUAGUUUCAUUAUUCUUUCUGUGGGAAACUAUGGGUUUUUUGGUUGAAUUUUUCAUCUUAAGCCUCCUCUGAUCAUUUUUUCGUGUCUUCAGUUCUUUUCUUUGUGAGGCAUAAUGAGUGAAAGUUCUUUUUUUCACAUCUCUGCAGUGGUGAUGAUUUUAUCAAUUUUGUCAUUUUGUUUGUGCUUUCUUUUCCAUCACCACUUUUCCUUAUUUCAGAACUGACACGAGGGCACAGCGACAAGAAGAACAUAAAACUGAACCACUCCAUGUAGAGUGGGCCGGAGUUCAAUGCCUUAAUAGGAGUGGGCACAUCCACUGUGAAUUAUUACACAGACACACUUGCACGUUUUAUAAGAACAGCUGAGAUGAUGCAAAUAGAACUGCAGAACCUUCAAAUGUGAAAAUUAAUGGGCUGCAUCAUUUCUACUUUCAAAAGUCAACAGUUCCCUCUUCUAUCAGUGCACAGCUCUGCUGAAGAUGAACUGCUUUCAUAAAAUCAUACUUGCUGAAAUAUGUUUGAGGGAGAAAAAAAAAAAAAAAAGCAGUGGAAAUGUUCUGGCAUUCCCAUCUGGAAUAAAAGCUUUUAUAAUAUUCACAAUGUAGUUCAUAUUUUGCAUUGUACCAUAAAAUAAAUGCCUAAGUUGAAAUGAAGCCAAAGUUCUAAUUGAUUACAAAGUGUUCAGCUCAGGAGAUUUUGAAACUUCACAUUUAUUUUUACUUUGAGUGCAGACAAAUUUACUUGUGUUUCUAAUUCUCUGCUGAUUGCAGUGAUGGUGCACUGCACAGUUGUUGUGGAUACACAGCAAACCCAGCUUUCAGGAAUGUGGAACCCCUGUGUAUCCCUGUGCAUCUGCAGGAGGGACAGGCAGAACACCGUCUGGGAGUGCACUGACCUCACCCUCUGCACAAAUUGUGCUGUUUAGAUAAAUGAUAAAGGAUGAGAGUCUAAAACAUAAAGAACUUGGGAUAAAGAACCUGGCAAGCAGCAGUUUUGUACCUCAGUUAACUGUGGGUAUUACAAAUGGUCUUCAGUGGGGACUUUUCUCCUCCAAAGUCUCCUUUUUCACCCAGCCCUACGUGCUGCCCAGUUUCCAGCCCACUGGGUGACCUGCAGUGCUGCUGCCAGUCAGGAAGAGCGUUUUGGUGAUUGGGGCUGAGCAGGUCCAGUUGUUGGAAAGUGCCCUGUGAAAGUGCCACUGUGCAUUAAGUGUGAGAAAAGGAUGCAUAUACCCUCAAACUCUAAUUUAUCCACGUAUUUCUUAGAAAUGAAAAUCCUUUCAUGUCAGUGUUGCUGCGCUUCAGCUGAAUGUUGUAUUAUGAGGCUUUUGUAGUUGUAGGAACUUUGUAUUUCUCAGAAUUUUGUUUGUUGCUUCAUUUGCAACACUGGAUUAAAGCAGCGAGCAUAAAAUGAAGAGGAACUAGUUGGGCCUUUUUUCCUCAUCCUUUUAUAAUGAGAGAAUUUUGUAGCAAAAACAAAUGAAGACCUUCUGCAGGUUUUAUAUUUAUUUUUAAAAUAAACCCAGAUUUCUACAGACACCUGUAAAGUAAAUGUCAUUUUUAUAUUCAGCUUUUUUUUUUUUAAUCCUAGACUUUUUAAUAGAGCAAAUAAAACACAAGAAACAGCUUGCUUGGUUUAAGUUUCUACUUGCUCAUAAAAUUGGAGUUUCCUUUCACUUGCGUAUCUGGUGCCAGCCACCGAAAUUUCCAUGGAGCCUGGAAAUGGCAGAAGGUAAAGAUUCUCGGGUGGAAACGUGCCUGCAGUUGUGUUUUAUUGGAAACUAAUGGACAAAGGCAGAAAGCAAUGCCACUGUGAUGGCUGCUGGGCAUAAGGCUUGCACCAUGUCCUGGAGAGGAACACGAUAUUCUGCUUCUUUUCUGUGGCUGCCAUAAUAAUUGUCUCUUGAACCUCUUUAUCCAAAUAUAUUUUCAUACAGAAGGAUCCAGCUGAGGCAAACUCAGUGCCCACCUCAGGAGAAAGCCCUGCCACGAUGUUACCCUUCAGCUUAUGCAGGAAGUUGCAGUGAAUUCUCCAUUCUGUAAUACUGACCUGAAUAAAAGCUGCAGGUUAAAUGUUUGCUGCAACUACAGAGCAGUACAGACUCGUGCAUUUUGUAAGGAAGGGAAGAGCUGGGAGGCCUUUGGCAAUGGAAAAAAUCUUUUUGACUGGGAAAGGAGAAUCAACCAGUACAAUGCAUCUGCAUGAUCUUCUGGAUAGAAAGCUCUGAUGCCCUGUAGCAGCCUUCAAAAUUAAACGUCUGGCCAUCUCUAAAAGAAGACAGCAGAAUGGCACUGAGCUGUGAAUAAUGUGUAGUGAGACAAAAGGAUUCUUGAACAGUUGACUGACAUGUCUAGCAUGGUAAUGCUUUAAAGUUGGCUGUAGCUGACUUGCAGGUUCUUCCCACCAAGAGACAGAACUGGUGAUGGAUACAGCUAUGUAGAUGCUGCAUUAUUUACAGUGAAGGUGAAAAAUCCUUCUGCUUUGGACCCAGGAGGAAUUAAAUGUAAAAACAGACUUCUUUAUUGUAUGGCUUUGUUUUUGUUUUUGUUCCUUUUUUCCCUGCAGUUCCAGGUGCCUUUUCCAGCAAUCAGCACUUGCUCCAAAAGCACUCUCACAGCUUUCUGUGUCAGGACCAUGCUUCACUGGAAGUAAAUAGUUGUGCG